AUGAGUCAAAAUAAUCGUAAAGGAGGAAAUAAAAAUUUCCAAAAAAACAACCAAAAUAAUAACAACAAUCAACAAGGUGGCCAACAACAACAACAACAAGGUGGUCAUCAAAAACAUCACAAUAAACACAACCAACAAAAUAACCAACAACAAGGCGGUCAACAACAAGGUAAAGGUCGUGGUAAAGCUCCAACUAAUGUUGAAAGUUUCCCAAUUAAUUUAACCCCACAACAAAUCCAACAAUUCCAAACCUAUCAACAACAAAUUCAAAGCAACCCAUCACCUCAAUUCCAAAGCAACUAUUUACCACCAGCCACCGCUUUAUUCACUCCAGUUAUUAACUAUUUCAUCAAUCUCUACAGUAACUUUAAAUCACAAUCACAUCAAGAUAUUUUAGUUUCAUACGAUAGUUUCUUCAAGGCUUGUGAAACUUAUUACCCACAUUGUUCAUUACCAACUAUUGAAAAUUUACUUCCAGUUUUAGGUGAUAAAUUCGAAGAUAGUUUCACCGAUCGUUUCUUUGUUCUUUUAUACAAAGAAAUUUAUUAUCGUUACUAUUAUGCUCUUGUUUUCCAACCAAAUAUUACAACUUGUGUUGAAUCAUGGCAAAAUUAUUAUCAAAUUUUCCAUACUUUAUUAAGUGCCAACUCACCAAAUGAUGUUGAAAUCGAUCUUCCAAAUGCUUGGUUAUGGGAUCUUGUUGAUGAAUUUGUUUAUCAAUAUCACACUUUUGCUAAAUUCAAAUUAAAGAAACAAGAUGUUGACUUUUUAUCAGAAAACCCAGAAAUUUGGGAUACCACCAACGUUAUCCGUUACCUUUAUUACAUUAUUAAGAAAUCACAAAUUUUCAGUGCUACCACCAACAGAUUCGAAAAUAGUUCAGAAGAUUUUUGUUCACAUCCAGUUUAUAAAAUGUUAGGUUAUUACAGUGUUAUCAGUUUAGUUCGUGUUCAAUGUUUAUUAGGUGAUUACACUCUUGCCCUUAAAACUUUAGAACUCAUUGAUAUGGGUAAAAAAGCUAUGUAUACCUACGUUACUGCUUGCCACAUCACUCUCUACUAUUAUUUAGGUUUUGCUUAUAUCAUGUCAAGAAAAUAUAAUGAAGCCACCAAAGCUUUAAAUACCAUUUUAGUUUCAGUUGCAUCAAAAUCAAAAUCAUCAAGUUUCCAAUCUGAUCAUAAUGAAAAAAAAAUAGAUAAAAUGUACGCUUUAUUAACUAUUUGCCAAGCUCUCUAUCCAAAUAAGAUUGAUGAAAAUGUUAACAAUAAUCUUAAAGAGAAAUUCGGUGACAAAUUAUUAAGAUUACAAAAAGGUGAUCUUUCAGUUUAUGAAGAAUUAUAUACUUUUGCUGCACCACGUUGCAUUGGUCCAGUUCCACCAUAUAUUUCAGGUUACAAUGUUACUGCAUUAGACUCACAUCGUCUUCAAUUAUCAUUAUUCCUUGAAGAAGUUAAACAACAAUCACUCUUAACUACCAUCCGUUCAUACAUCACCCUCUACUCAACCAUCUCAAUCCAAAAACUCGCCACUCUUCUUCAAAUGGAUCCAGAAGAUCUUCGUGUUAAACUCACAUGUUACAAACAUAAACUUUUCAACGUUUUAGGUAAAGGUGAAAACAAAUGGAAUAACCAAUUAGAUAUCGAUUUCUACAUUGACCAAGAUAUGAUCCACAUUGAUAACCGUCUCUAUGCCAAAGAAACCGACUCUUUCAUCAAUUCAAUUCUCAAAUUUGAAGGUUCAUUAACUCCAAGCUACAAUUGGAUGUAAAAGUAAUAUGAAUUUAAUCAUUAUUUAUUUCCUAUAUUAUUUGAAAUAAUUAAUCGUUAUUUUUUGUUACAAAAAAAAAAAAAAAUAAUUAAAAAUAAAAAAAUCC